AGUUCAUGCAUGUUGUUUCUUGUGUGCGUCCAGAAACACUCUAACUGUGCAUCCAUCGCACAACAAACCGUGAGGACAUGAGGACAUCUGUUGGCAACAGUUAAGGUAGCUUAAUUCAGCAUCUGUGACUUCAACUGCAAGAAUCCACUCUCUCUGAAAGGUUCCAGGGCCAAGAAGCCUGCAUUUUGUGGAGUUGAUGAGUCAGACCUCCGGCACACAGGACCCACUGCUUUUUGAUGUGGAUGCAGUAAGGAGGACUCCACGGCACAGAACUGACAAGUCGAGGCAAGUCAAGCCAAAUCAAAUUUAUUUGAAUAGGACAUUGCAAAACAGAAAAGUUGACCAGAAGAGCUGCUCUUUCAAGUGCAAGGAAGGACCAACAUUGAUAUAGUGGGAAGUGACCUAUUCAAAGCUGUCUCUUCAUAUUCAAACAAGUCCAACACUUUCAUAUUCUUUCGCUGUCUCUUCAAACACUUGUACCCCCUUGACUGACCACGGCUGUAUAGCACUGUGUGUGUCAGCAUGGAGCAUAGAGCAGCGGUCCAGUACAGAUACCUCCUCAUGCUGCUGAGCAUGUGCCUAAGGACUGUGCAACCACAGCAAGAGGUGCUUCUUCCAGAGACCAUCCGGCUGGAAGGCGACAUCAUCCUGGGGGGUCUCUUCCCGGUGCAUGCUCGUGGCGAGACGGAUUCAGGGUCGGCGUGCGGUGAGCUGAGGAAGGACAAGGGCAUCCAACGUCUCGAGGCCAUGCUGUAUGCCAUUGACCGGGUCAACAACGACCCAGAGCUACUACCCAACGUCACGCUGGGUGCUGUCAUUCUGGACACGUGCUCGUGGGACACCUAUGCCGUGAAGCAGUCACUGACCUUCUUGGAGGCACUAAUUGAGACUCCUCGAGACGUGCGCUGCCCCAGUGGCGAUAGGCCAAUCUUCACCAAGCAGGACAAGAUUGUCGGAGUGAUAGGCGCCGCCGCCAGCUCCGAGUCCAUCACGGUGGCCAAUCUCCUGCGGGUCUUUGAGAUCCCUCAGAUCAGCUAUGCGUCCACGGCUCCUGAGCUGAGUGAUGAUGGGCGGUACGAGUUCUUCUCGCGCGUGGUGCCGUCCGACGCCUUCCAGGCCCGGGCCAUGCUGGACAUUGCGGUGGCGCUGGGCUGGAAAAACGUCUCCACGCUGGCAUCGGAAGGCUCGUACGGGGAGAGUGGCGUGGAAGCCUUCCUGCAGCUCUCACGCGAGUCAGGUGUGGUGCACGUGGCCCAGUCCCAGCAGAUCCCUAGGGAGCCCACACCUGGGGAGUUUGACAGGCUUGUCUCCCGCCUUCUAGAGACCCCCAGCGCACGUGCAGUCAUCGUGUUUGCCAAUGUGGAUGAUAUCAGGCGUGUCCUGGAAGCUGCAAAGCGCAGCCACCUGACGGAUCACUUCCUGUGGCUGGGCUCUGACAGCUGGGGGGCCAAAAUGUCCCCUGUGCUCAACCAGGAGGACGUGGCCCACGGAGCCAUCACCAUCCUGCCCAAGAGGGCAUCCAUCUCUGCAUUUGACAGGUACUUCAUAAGCCGCUCUUCGCAGAACAAUAGGCGGAAUGUUUGGUUUACUGAAUUCUGGGAGAAAAACUUUGACUGCAAGUUUGAUAUAGUCGGGUAUAGUAAACGGAAGGGUAUUGAUAGUCUAAGGAAAUGCACAGGAUUGGAGAAAACCGGCAGGGACUCUUCCUAUGAGCAGGAGGGGAAGGUCCAGUUUGUGAUUGACGCGGUGUACGCCAUGGCACACGCCCUCCACAAUAUGCAGCAGGACUUGUGCGGCGGAUUGCCACACCUGUGCUCACGGAUGGACCCCGUUGAUGGCAAGACACUCCUCAGCUACAUCCGGGCGGUAAACUUCAGUGGAAGUGCCAGUACCCCUGUGAAGUUCAGCAAGAACGGAGAUGCUCCUGGACGCUACGAGAUCUUCCAGUACCAGUCAUCUGACACCUCAAAGGGGGAAUACAAAGUUGUUGGGCGUUACGCUGACAAAUUGUAUUUGGAUGUCAGCAAGAUUGUCUAGCGUUUAUACAUUAUUUCGUUGCUGCUUUUAUUCAUUAUUAACUUAUUUUAUUAAUUAUUAACUUAUUAAUGUAUAACUCACUAUUUUCUUUUUAAAAAAAUGGCCCUGUCGUGGCUCAAACGGUAGGACACUGCAUUGCUACACGGGGUCAGGGUUCAAUUCCGGCCUGAGGUCAUUUUCCAAUCCUCCCCCAUCUUUCUCUCCCACUUACUUCCUGUCACCAUCUCAGACUGUCCUAUCUAAUAAAGGCAUAAUAGACCCUAAUAAAUACAUUAAAAAAAACCAUUUCAACAUUACAGUAAAGUUGGUCAUAUACUCAUUGAGACUGACCAACAGUACUGACUUAUUUUCCAAUGAAUGAAGAACAUAUAUAAAAAAAAUAUAUCAAAAAGUGGACAUACAAGGUUUCUGCUGGACAGCGAUGAUUUGAGGGAGUCUGUGCAUGUGGCCUCGCUGUCAAGUUUCCCCACUGUCAGUCAGCCUAGCCACAACAAUUUUUGAGGGACUAUUCUUCAUUCACCAUUCUGUUUGCAAAUGAGGACAUGACAUUAAAAUUGAGCUUUUGCAAGAUAUUGAAAGACAAUGCUGUUGUCGGUGAUCAUCACAAGGCCACGAGGAGGCAGGGAGGAUGGGAGUCCGCUUAUUUAGCAUAGGUCAAUAAUUUCUGGCUUUCUCUCUAGUUCACUGGGGUAACACGUGUAGAAAGAGGAACUUGAACAGCAACACUGUUGGUGACAAUGGCUUUUUAUCACAUUUACACUUAGUACAAAAUAGAUAAAAAUUGAGUAGCAUUGUAGUCUGUAGACAUUGUAGUCUAUUAUCUUGUGUCUUUGAGUUUACUUGUGCCUAUCAUAUUUUUGUUUUUGUUUUGUCCUCAGUACCAGAAUGUUUUGUUAUAUUUUAUAUAUAUUUUUUUAAUAUCAUUAAUCAUUAUUACUUCUAAUCAUCAUUUUUAAACUUAGCAUUGAUUCCUGUUCAGGGACUAUGGAUGAUGAUUAGCCUUGAGGUUAUAAUCUGGUUCAAUUGUAUGUGCACUGUCCCUGUCAAAUAAACUAGAAAUUAAACUAAAUUAGAAAAAAAGUCUUUUCAGUCGGACAAGUAUUUUUUAUUGUUCAUUUUAUGUUAAUUUUUGUUCUGCUUAAGUCCACAUUCAUAAUACAAAUGGCUAGUCUCCAAUCUUAGAAUUAUGUGCAUUUGUAGGCUACACUGUCUUCAAAGCCUGCCCUGGUAGGCCUCUGGUUUUGUAUUUUAG